CCUCCGCCUCGCCUCGCCGCGGCGCUGCCCGCCCGCCCGGCUCCGGCCGCCGCCGAGGGAAUCGGCGGGUCAGCCCGCCCUCGCCUUGCUGUGGGGCGUCCCCGCCGCUUUACCCCGCCUCGUCCCUCUGCCCCCGGCGCGGGCUUCUCGCCGCCCCUUCCCCCGGGUUGUCUGUCAGCCCGCCCUGCUCGCUGCUCCUCCGUGUCCGUGUCCCCCCCGCCGCCCCCGGAGCUCCCCCGCCGCCGGGGAUGGCGCCCCUGACAGCGCCCGUCCGCGCCUGAGCCGGUAGGGGCGAGCCCGCCGCCGCCGCGGGAGGAGGAGGAGGAGGAGGAGGAAGAAGAGAGAUGAACCGCUUCCAGCCCGGGGUCGCGCUGCUGCUCUCGCUGCUGUGGGAGUGUACGGAGGCCAAAAAGCAUUGCUGGUACUUUGAAGGAUUAUAUCCUACAUAUUAUAUAUGUCGCUCCUAUGAGGAUUGCUGUGGUUCAAGAUGCUGUGUAAGAGCGCUCUCUAUCCAGCGACUAUGGUAUUUUUGGUUCCUUUUGAUGAUGGGAGUUUUGUUCUGUUGCGGAGCUGGUUUCUUUAUCCGAAGGCGAAUGUACCCUCCUCCACUAGUAGAAGAACCUACUUUUAACGUGUCUUACACCAGACAACCAGUCAACACUGCAUCAGGGUCACAACAAUCUGGAGUGCCGUAUUACACAGAUCCAGGUGGACCUGUGAUGAAUCCCAUGGCUAUGGCUUUCCACGUCCAGCCCAAUUCCCCGCAAGGAAACCCAGUGUACCCACCCCCACCCUCCUACUGCAACACACCACCUCCCCCUUACGAGCAGGUGGUGAAAUCCUCCACAUGAGGACUCUGGCUUUCUGACCUGACUGUGUGAGAAGGUGCCAUUGCAAAAUGACCGAGAUGGAGGGCAUCCGCCCUUUUGAACACUUGCUAGUUCUCCAAGUCCUCUCUCCUUCCCUUCCCUGCACCUUUCCUCAUUAAAGUUACUUGCAAAGGGGUAAUUUUUAAAAUUCUUUUCUUUUUUUUUUUUUUUUAGUAGAAGUGGAUUUUUUUCUUUGUCUUCAUAAUGAGAGAAGUUGUCUUUGUAAUGCUUUUAAUGGAAACCUAUAUUUAAAACCUGUAUGUCUUUCUCUUUAUUUACUGUUCGUUUCAAUCAUGGGUUUAAUUGCGUUGUGGCAGGCUACUGAUAGCGAUUCUUUAUGCAACCCCAGAGUGAUGUGCACUCUCCUAAGACCCCAUAGCAGAAAUGCCCUCAUCUACGGGAAACGACAGAGAAAGAGGGUAGAAGUAGAAGAGGCAGGGCAAUGCUUUUACCAGAAAUGGAGACCACCAUCUUUGUCUUUUACGAUUUUCUGGUACAAUUUGGUUCUGAUGCACAACAGAAAGAUGCUGUGAUAGAAGUCUCUGUGACUGGACCACCAGCGUUGGUCGAGUCGUGGCAGGGGCUUUGCCAAGCGCCCUAGAAAAGAGGGAGUCAUUACUUUAAAUGAUGCAUCUAAAAGCUGAAGGACCAGGAUUUGAGUAUUUCUUGGCCAGCACCUGGGCUCUGCCUGUGUGAUCGGCAUGUGGCCCCCCUUGUUCUGCCAGCAGUAAGAUUGUAUGAAACAGCCGAUGACCUAAAUGUUGUUAGUGAAAGGGAGGUGUUAUAACUUCAGAGCUACUUGUGCUUGUGCCUCUUGACAGAACGGUUAGAAACACUGAAAUAUGUAGGUAAGUUUUCUUCCCUAAAUUGGAAAAUAAUUACAGUAAGAAGGAAUGGGAGCAUGUUUCCAGGCUUGCUCCCCUUGACAUUGAUGGGAGUUUUGUCCCUGAGAAAUAGUAGCUUUCAUUAUGGUCUUACUGCUGCCACAAAGAGUACCAAGUAGAGCUGUCAUCUCCAGGUGACAGAUCUGUAAAACUGCUCUCCUGUCUAGGUCAGGCAAAUAACUUUUUGGGACCGGUGUUUAAGAGCAGUUCCUUGACCUGAUGCACAGGUGGUUUGGCUUUCAGUGACUCUUAGCUCUUCAUGUGUUUUGCUGUGAGCAGCCCCAGGAUUCCCAAUUCACCAUCUCAUGUUUGUGUCUGACUCUCUGAGCGACCACCGUCAACACCUUCAAAUAAACACAGAGCCCCUUUACCUCUGAGGGCACUCACACCCAUCUGUGUCUAGCAAAAAUGUGAAGCUACUCUGAGACAUGACUACAUAUUAAUGGGACCUUCUCCCUUUGUGCAUAUUCAGAGCUGUGUCACUAGCAAGUGACAAAAAGAAGAUGCUAUUGCCUUCUACUGCUGAAGGACCUGCAGAAACAGCGUAGCUGAGGGUUAGGAGUCCGAUAUGGUCCUUUGGGUACCAGGUGAAUGCUUACUCACUGCCAAUACACCGACUGCUCCUGUGUCACUUCAGCCAGGACACAGAGGUCACCGAGGUGGUUUGGAGUAAUCUGAAGACCUGUGGUGCACAGGGAGCCAAAGCUUUAUGGUGCAGUUAAUGCAUGCCAGUGGCUUGUGAGAACUUGUUCCUAGGCAGCAAGCUGGAUUUGCAGAACUGUCAGAAAAGACCAUCCCUUUUAUUAUGAACAUGAGUCUCUUAACAGAAAAACCACUAAGGGUCACUGGUUCUAAAAGCUGCUGGUGCAGUUAGUAGUCAUCUGGAGCACAGCUAGCUUUUGAGGAGCUCAUUCCUGCAGAUCUGACUUGGGUGAAAUUGUAACUAAGGCUUUCCCUUACUGUGUGUCAUAAUAAGGGACAAAGCAAAGUAAUUCUGUGUGUGUGGUGGACACUUAAGAUAACAAAAAAGUAUGUUUUGUGUAUGAUUACUAGGUCCAUCUGCACACCACAACUGUAUAUAUUUUCUAAAUUAGUGUGCACUUGAAGUGUAAAGCUGCAUAUGUCACUGAAUAUGGUUGUGUAUACAUGACAAAAAUUUUUUAAAAGCAGAUCCAACCUUUCUUUUUCUGUCAAUAGAAAUGACAACAGACCUCGUGUUAGUAGAUAGAUGUUAAGUCCUUUUAUAUUAUGAAAUGUGCCUGUGACAGCUGUCAUUUUCUUGGACACAUUGAAUAGAAGCCUUUUAUAGUGAAUUCUUAUGCUGUACAUUGAAAUUCAACUUCUGGUGAAGUUUUCCUGAA